ACCGAAUCCUGGCGGUUGAUUUGUUUACGUCGUUUCAGUCUGCAGACUGCAGCUGAACUCCAACUCAGAGUUAAGUCUGCUCAUCGUGUUUGUAUCUACGAGCUAUUAAGGUCGUGCUGUGACUAUUGUUUAUAUUGAAGAAUUCUAAAACAUUACUUUGAAUAAGAUAUUUCUUGGUACGUUGAGCGAACCAACAUGGAGAGAAGCGCUGCUGACUCCCCUUUAAAGACACUGCUUGCCAGCCCAUCGCCACGGAUGUCUACUUCUAGCAACACAUCGCAGCUUUCCAAGAUUCCUCCACAAUGCAGUAUGGUAAUGCAAGUUCCAAUGCCCUCGGGACCACAAGAAGCCAUUAAUUCAGUACAAGUGAGAAACUGUGUAGCGACUGUCAGCCUCGGAUGUGAACUAAACUUACAGACGAUCAACUUCCGAACCCGAAACUCUGAAUAUAAUCCUUCCCGCUUUCAUGGUGUUGUGAUGAGGAUACGAGAUCCUCGCUGUACUGCACUGGUGUUCCGCUCGGGAAAAAUCGUCUGCACCGGUGCUCGUAACGAGCAUGAUGCCAACCUUGCCGCUCGGAAGUUCGCCCGUAUCAUCCAGAAGAUCGGCUACAGUGUGCGGUUUCUGGAUUUCAAAGUUCAAAACUUGGUUGCCACAGUAGACCUACGAUUUCCAAUUCGGCUGGAAAACCUAAAUCAAGUCCACGGACAGUUCAGUUCUUACGAACCUGAGCUCUUUCCGGGGCUUAUCUAUCGAAUGGUAAAGCCACGCGUAGUGCUGUUGAUAUUCGUUAAUGGUAAAAUAGUUUUCACCGGGGCCAAAUCCGAGCGGGAAAUCACCGAUAGUUUAGAGAAUAUUUAUCCCAUAUUGCAGAGCUUUCGGAAAAAUUAGUUACGUUUAUUUAUCAAGCAUAUAUGUUGCAAUUUCUGCACCAUCGAAACAAGAAGAAGCUGUUUCGGGUGUUGAAACAUACUUCAUAAUCGGUUUAUUUUAAGGAAAAACUGUCGCAUUAACGAUGUAAGUCAUUCAUCUGCAGUCGAUAUUAUCUAUGUUGUGCUUUUUGUUUCAAUAGAUUAUAAGAAAAAUUGUAACUGAAAUCGUUCGGACUAAUUUAUUUCAGACAAAUAUUUCCCUGAUUUCAUAUUUAUAUUUUAAACAA